AUGGCGGAAUUACCACGUGUUGCUCUUUCGAUACUGAACAAUGAUCAUUAUCAAUCGUGGAAAUAUAAACUGAAGCUGCUGCUCAUCAAAGAAGGCCUCUGGGAUGCAAUAAGUAACUCCACACCAGCAUCAUCAGACGCCAUGUUAUUGCAAAAGGACGGAAAAACAAAAGCGAUCGGACUUUUCGUGGAAGAUAAUCCACUCAUCCAUAUUCGCACAGCCGAAAACGCAAAAGCAGCGUGGCUUACACUAGAAGAGUAUCGCCAAAAGUCAUCUCUGUCGAAUAAGGUAUUUCUAUUAAAACGUUUGUGCAGACUAAAGCUCAAGGAAAAUGAAAAUCUAGAAGAGCACAUAAAUUCGAUGAUUGAGAUCCAAGAUCGCCUUGCAACUGGACAAGGUGCAACGUCUAUAGCAAAGCAUUUUGGCCUACAUGAAGCUACCGUAAGAACUAUCAAGAAAAAUGAAGCUGCUAUUAGAAAGUCGGUAUGUUCUGGAACAAAGUUAAGUGCUAACCCAUCAUCAUACACAGGAGAUAUUGUCAAAGAGAAAAUGGCAAAAACUCUGGUAAUAUGGAUAGAAGAUAAAUCGCAGAAAAGAGUAUCAGUAGACGGAAAUGCUAUCAAUCGAACAGCGUUCAGAAUGUAUACACAGAUUAAAGAAAUGGAACCAGGCACUUCAUCAGAGUUAAACGAAAAGUAUGAAUUUUCUGCAAAUGAAUCGGCUACUAAAAAAUUUCCGCUAAAACUUGCUAAAAUAAUUGAAGAUGGAGGCUACAUUCCUGAUCAAGUUUGGAAUGCAGAUGAAGGUGAUCUUUUUUGGGAAAGAAUGCCGAACAGAACUUACGUAGCAGAGGCGCAGAAAAGAGAUAGUGGAUUUAAGGUAGCUAAGGAUCGUGUGACGUUAUUUUGCUCCAACGCUUCAGGAGAUUAUAUGUCGCUUGUAAAUCGAGCCCUAAAACCACGUUCAAUGAAAGGUGUAGAUUUGAAUAAAUUGUCAGUUCACUGGAUGGCAAACAAAAAAGCUUGGGUUACUAUAGAUAUCUAUACUGAAUGGUUUAACAAAUGUUUCGACCCAAAAGUUGGACGCUAUAUGAACAUCAACGGUCUUGACGUAGUUUUUGAUACCACACUACGUAUGGGAUUUUUCCAUGUACCCGCGACUUUAUUCUAUUUCGUGUAUAUACAGCAGUACUUGCUGUUUCACCCCAAAAUCUCAAAUCUAAUUUUGAAUCCGCCAGCACUGUUCUGGUAG